CACGGCUACUUUAUCAAUGAAAUAGUAAAGAGUGUGUGACUCUGGAGGGAAAAGCAAGGGGAACAGAAGAAAAAACUUGAAAUACAUUUGACCAAACGUUUUAUAUAUUUGUUUUUUUCGUAACGCGGGUGUGUUUACCCUAUUGACGUUUUACUAUCUUACUUGUGAAGGAAAUCAACAGCUCGAGAAAAUGAAAUAUAUCAUAGGCAUUGGCGGCGUGACCAAUGGUGGGAAAACCACUUUGACGAAUAGACUUAUCAAAGCAUUGCCUAACUGUUGCGUGGUACACCAAGAUGACUUUUUCAAGCCACAAGAUCAGAUAGAAGUUGGUGAGGACGGCUUUAGACAGUGGGAUGUGAUCACUUCUUUGGACAUGGAGGCCAUGGUCAGCACGAUCAAGGGCUGGGCUGAGAACCCGGUGAAGUUCGCCCGUUCUCACGGCGUCACGGUUUCGCCCGCGGCCAAGGUGUCCGAUCCCGAGCAGGACAUCCACAUCCUGAUCGUGGAGGGCUUCCUGCUCUACAACUACAAACCCUUACUUGAUGUGUACGACAAGUGCUACUACAUCGCCAUUCCAUAUGAAGAGUGCAAGAUGAGGAGAAGUACGAGGAAGUACACCGUUCCUGACCCCCCCGGUCUGUUUGACGGGCACGUGUGGCCCAUGUACUUGAAACACAGGCAGGAAAUGGAGAAAACCGGCUUGGCUAUUGAGAGCUUGGAUGGUUUGAAAUCGAAAGAUGACCUCUACAACCAGGUUUACGAAGAUAUCCAGAAUACUUUGUUGAAUCGUUUAUAGCAGGGCCUCUGCGUCUCUGAAGACCUGUGUAUAGCAUUGUAAAUAGUGUUUCGUUUUUUGUUCAUGGGAUGAAACUCAUUUUUCUUUUUUAAGUAUUUUUUAACUAUGUGGUAAUGUUUUGUAAAUAGUUUGAAGGGACAUUAACUUAUCACAGUGGAUGGCAUUAUUUUGCUUUUGAUUUGUUCAGAUUCAUUUUUGAAGAUCUAACUUGAGUGGAAUUUGUCCACUUGUAGUUUUCCAUAUGAUGUGCCAUGGUAAUGCAAGACCCCAUUUUGUUUUCACAAAAUUGUGGCUCCAUUUUGUCAACUCUGUUCAAAUGUAUGCCUUCCCAAAUUGGGCUUGACUCCAUUUAAUGAAAUUUUGAAUACAA